AUGUGUCGCUUUCAACUAAUUGUUCUUGUAUUUUUGGCAAUUUUCACUAUUUUUUCUGUGAAUUCUUUUACUUUGUAUCGACCGAGCAAACCGAAUCAUCAUUCUGGAUCUGAUAGGUGAGAAAACACACAUUUUGUACGCUGUUUUAGUUGUGGCACGUUUGGUUAAAUCUAGUUUUGAAGGCGCAUUAGAACAAGUUAGUUGGGAUUCGCCGCGAGUGGGCAUUAAACUGUAGAAAAUUUUUCGGAGCUCAAAUUUUCUACGUGACCUCUUAGCUUUUCAUUUCAAAGUAAAUUAAUUGACAUGUUUUCACUCUACUUCCAAAAUUUUGAUUUUUCCACGUCACAAGAUCAUUGAUAUUUCGAACUGUCCUAAAUUGUUACACUUUGUUAUAUUUUGUACCCAUAUCUAUUCAAUUUCUCUGUUUUAGUCGUGCAGUUUCGGAAAACGUUGAUUUGGAUGAUACGGAUGAUGGAUCAUUUGAUCGAAUGCGCGAUGUUUUGGGAAAUAUUCGACCAAGUGUUGGAUUGAUGCAUUCGUUUACAGCACGUGAAAAAUAA